CAGGGAGUACGUGCAGAGCAUUGCACCCGGCACACUAUACAUUCCUAUACAGCCCGGAUCUGCCCAUCACAGCACUCAGCCCCCUCCUGAUUGGCUGGACAGCCCACCAAUCAGCGGCAGACAGAUCUCCGGUCCCACUACUCAUGGAGAACUUUGAAUGAGUCCGGCAGCCGGUGUGUGCGGUGACACAUGGCGGCCUCUGCUCCCCGGCCGGUCCCCAGGAGGAUGGCGCUGCUCCUGCUGCUGUUCUGGGCAGGGAACCUCCACGCUGCGGGGGCUACGGAGGAAGUGAGCCCAGAGAAGAGCCUGGUGUGGGGGCCGGGGCUGCAGGCUGCCGCCACCCUGCCCGUCCGGCACUUCUACAUCCAGGCGGUGAGCGGAGACGGACACAACUUCACCUCCUCCCCGGGGAAUAAACCAUUUAAGGUCGUGAUUAAAGCCUUGUCUCCAAAAGAAUACAUCCGAAUUCACGUGCCGGACCCCCUGGACAGGAAUGAUGGCUCCUUCCUGAUGAGAUAUCGCAUGUAUGGAAGUACUAGAGAAGGACUGGUCAUUGAAGUGCGUCAUCAGGACAAGCAUGUAGCACAGUCUCCGUAUAUACUGAAAGGACCGGUUUAUCAUGAGUACUGUGACUGUCCAGAAGAAGACCCUGAAAUAUGGCAGCAGACUCUUUCAUGUCCGACCAGUGAAGCUCAGAUAUCAAAAGACUUUGCCCCCUUCCCAUCUAUAGACCUGAACAGAAUGCUGGAGGAAGUGCCCAGUAGAUUUGCCGAAAAACGCGGCGCCAUCGUCCAUUACACAGUCCUCAAUAAUCAGAUCUAUCGACGGUCCCUGGGCAAAUACACAGACUUCAAAAUGUUCUCUGAUGAAAUGUUGCAAUCGUUGGCAAGAAAGGUUCGCCUUCCCGACUUUGAAUUUUACAUCAAUGUGGGUGAUUGGCCGGUGGAACAUCGAAAGGCAAACGACACCCCUGGCCCACUGCCCAUGAUUUCUUGGUGCAGCUCUUCUGAUUCUAGAGACAUCAUCCUACCGACCUAUGACAUUACUCAUUCUACCCUUGAAACACUCCGUGGGGUCACCAAUGACCUUCUCUCCAUCCAGGGCCACACAGGUCCUUCCUGGCACAACAAGACUGAACAGGCCUUUUUCAGGGGACGAGACAGCCGGGAGGAGCGUCUUCAGUUAGUGCAAAUGUCUAAAAAGAACCCUGAGCUGCUCGAUGCAGGUAUCACCGGUUACUUCUUCUUCCGAGAAAUGGAGAAGCAGCUGGGAAAAGCUCCACUUAUUGGAUUCUUCGAUUUCUUUAAGUACAAGUACCAGGUGAACGUGGAUGGGACUGUGGCCGCCUACAGGUUUCCGUAUCUCAUGUUGGGGGACAGUUUGGUCCUAAAGCAGGAUUCCCAAUACUACGAACACUUCUAUAGCAACCUAAAGCCAGGGAAACACUACAUCCCCAUAAAGCGCAACCUGGGGGAUUUAUUAGACAAGAUCAAGUGGGCUAAGGAAAAUGACGACAAGAUGAGGAAGAUAGCCAAGGAAGGUCAGUCUAUGGCCAGGGAACUGCUACAACCUCACAGACUCUACUGCUACUAUUAUAAAGUAUUCCAGAUGUAUGCCAAGCGUCAAAUAAGCCGUCCUGAAAUCCGUCAUAAGAUGGAGCAUGUUCCUCAGCCCGAUGAUAAUACCGCCAUCUGUAACUGCCACAGGAAGAUGACUAAUGAGAAGAAUGAGUUAUAGUCUACGGUAUUGAAUGAUGGAAGAGUGGGACUGUACUCUGAGGCCAGUGACGGGCCUGGCUCCUGAAGAAGAUUAAUCAUUCCUUGAGUGAUGAGGUCUAAUCUUGUAUACCUACUAAUAUGUCUGUAUGGUAUCUCAGAAGAUCAGUCAUCUUGGACCCAGUCCUCCCCUCAGUUCCAGAAACAAAGGGACCACUGCGCCCAGUAGAGCAGUCCAUUCCUGAUGGCUGGUUUUGCGUUUUUCCAUCAGAGGAAACUCCUAAUACAAGAUAUCAAUGCGAGAGACAUAAGGAGCUGCUGAGCACCAGACUCUCCAUCCUCCUCCAUGUCUGAAGGGACUGGUGGACUGCGAGUUCACUGCCGAUCCUCACCUCACCACAUAUAUAAUGCA